CGUCAUUCCGGAGCGGGGUGCAUUUAAAGGUGAGCCACGAAUAUCUCCCUGUUCAAAUCCUCAAGACCAGCAAGCAUGGCGCAGACUCAAGGAAUCCUAGAUCUUGGCCAAAGCCUCAUCCAGAAAGGCCCUCGAAAAACUCUGCCAGCAUCUCGUCGGGUGCGGGCCAUCCACAACCACAGUGUCAUUGUCGAUACUACCGACGCCGUCUAUGUCUGGGAACACGAUUACUACCCUACACUCUACGUCCCACAGAAAGAUGUCGAAAAUUGCGAGAUAAACGACAAGGAGAAGAUACCUAGUGACGGCAAGGCCAAGGCGACGUUGGCUGAACUCGUCGUUCUUCCACAUGAUGGCCUCGAUGGGGUGAAGAUUGAAGGAGUGCUUCGUUUUAGCGACGACGAUGGUCUUGGGGCGCUGGCGGGCACCCUGAGGAUUCAAUUUGGAAGCAUCGACCAAUGGCUCGAGGAGGAUGCCCCGAUCUACAUUCACCCAAAAGACCCUUUCAAACGGGUUGACAUCCUUCCAUCGCAGCGUCGCGUCCAAAUUCAGGUCAACGGCAAGAUCGUCGCCGAUGCAGCGUCAUCGAUGCACUUGUUCGAGACAGGGUUGCCGACACGGUAUUACUUACCGCUCGCUUCUGUCGAUCAGAGCGUUCUUCGUCAGAGCGAUCUCAAGACGAGGUGUCCAUAUAAGGGCGAAGCCGAGUACUACCAUGUGGUCGUCGAUGGUAAAGAGGUCAAGGACAUAGUGUGGUACUACCGGCUUCCCACGCACGAAAGCGCAGCUAUUGCAGGGUUGGUGUGCUUUUACAACGAGAAAGUGGAUGUCAUUUUGGAUGGCGAACUGCAGACACAGCCACGCAGCAAGUUUGCUUAAAGUUGUUGUGAUUGUAUUGAUAAUGUGUUUCAGAAGACGAG